GACCGAGGGGCCACAGUGGCCGGCGUGGUGGGCGUCGGGCGGCUGAUCACCGGCAUGGACCGGGGGCUGCAGGGCAUGUGCGUGAACGAGCGGCGUCACCUCAUCGUGCCCCCUCCCCUGGGCUACGGCAGCAUCGGCGUGGCGGGGCUGAUCCCCCCGGAUGCCACGUUGUACUUUGACGUCGUCAUGCUGGACAUCUGGAACAAGGAUGACAAGCUGCAGAUCACCACCCUCUCCAAACCAGAGCACUGCAACCGCACAGUGGAGAACUCGGACUUCGUGCGGUACCACUACAAUGGCACGCUGCUGGAUGGCACCCCCUUCGACUCCAGCUACAGCAAGGACAGCACCUACGACACCUACGUGGGCACCGGCUGGCUCAUCAAGGGCAUGGACCAGGGGCUGCUGGGCAUGUGCGCCGGGGAGAAGAGGAGCAUCAUCAUCCCCCCGUUCCUUGCCUACGGGGAGAAGGGCUACGGGACCGUGAUCCCACCGCAGGCCUCGCUGGUGUUCAGCGUGCUGCUGGUGGACUUCCACAACCCCAAGGACGGCGUCUUCCUGGAGCACCUGGAGGUGCCGGAGUCCUGCAAGCGCAGGGCUGUGACCGGGGACUUUGUCCGCUACCACUACAACGGCACUCUCAUGGACGGGACGCUCUUUUUGGUGGGGGGGGGGAACUAUUCCCGCAAUAACACCUACAACACCUACAUCGGGAAGGGCUACAUCAUCCCCGGCAUGGACCAGGGCCUGCAAGGGGUCUGCGUGGGAGAGAGGCGGCGGGUGGUCGUCCCCCCACACCUGGCCUACGGGGAGAACGGAGCAGGGAACAAAAUUCCUGGCUCAGCCGUGCUCAUCUUCGACGUCCACAUCAUCGACUUCCACAACCCCGCAGACCCGGUGGAGAUCGAGACCGUCUACCGGCCCGAGGGCUGCAACGUCACCACCCGCGACAGAGACUUUGUCCGCUACCACUACAACUGCUCCUUGCUGGAUGGCACCAAGCUCUUCUCCUCCCACGACUACGAGAAGCCCCAGGAGGUGACUCUGGGGACCAACAAGGUGAUCGAGGGCCUGAACAGUGGUCUCCUCAACAUGUGCGCAGGGGAGAGGCGGGUGCUCAUCGUCCCCCCCCACCUGGGCCACGGGGAGAGCGGAGCCCGGGGGGUGCCCGGCAGCGCCGUGCUGCGCUUCGAGGUGGAGCUGAUCUCCAUGGAGGAGGGGGUUCCCGAGGGCUACCUCUUCAUCUGGCACGGGGACCCGCCGGCGAACCUCUAUGAGCAAAUGGACCUCAACAAGGACGGGGAGAUCCCCUCUGAUGAGUUCUCCACCUUCAUCAAGACCCAGGUGGCGGAAGGGAAAGGCCGCCUCAUGCCCAGCUCUGACCCGGAGAAAGUCAUUGCCGACAUGUUCAGGAACCAGGACCGCAACCAGGACGGGAAGAUCACCUCUGAGGAGCUGAAGCUGAAGUCGGAUGAGGACCAGGAGAAGAUCCACGAGGAGCUCUGA